AUGUUUAGGCAGCUAAAAAUUACGCGUGAUAAACUAUCCUAUGCAAGUGAAUUUUUAAAGAAAAACUUUCUGUACUCCCUACAAUCAGAAUCCAUAGCGGAAGCCACCAAAUGGAACCAAAAACGUGGCCAAGGUAUGUUUACCAUUUCAUUUUUGACAAAACAGUCGAUCCCUCGACCGUUCAGCAUCCGGCUGGCCAAGUUACAAGAUGAGCCACAUAUCAUGCAUUUCAUCCGGGAGAACUUUUAUGACGAAGAACCCCUGCUGAAGAGCUUGAACAUCACCAAGUCUGUUGCGAAUCCGUGUUUGGAGUCGUACCUGUGCAAUCAUUUGAAAUCAGGUUUCACUUUAAUUGCUGUUGAACAGGAUAACCGAAUAGUUGGCAUUUCCAUCAACCAACGCAACUGCGCUUGGGACGGCGAUAAGCUGCGAGAACAGGCAGAUCGAGUUCAGUGUGAUCCUCUGCGAAAGCUUUUCUACAUCUGGUCCAUAGUAUCGACAGAACCUCGUCUUCAUCAAAAAUUCCGAACGUCAUGCAUCUUUGAGAUUGCCAUCCUCGCAACGGCACGCGAAGCCCAGCGACAAGGUAUCGGAUAUCAAUUAACGGUUCACUCGCUGCGUUUGGCACGUGAUUUAGGCUUUGAGGUGGCUCGAAUGGAUUGCACCAACGAGUACAGCUCCAGAUUGGCGCAACGGGCUGGCAUGGAGUGCAUGUGGUCCGUUCCGUACAAGCAUCUGGUGGACAGUGCUAAAAAGCCAGUGGUUAAACCGGAUGAACCUCACACCCAUAUUCGAGUACAUGCCACAAAGCUGAAAGGUGCUUAGAGCUUAGAAGGUUGGUAAAU